AUUUUCCUCAGGAAAGGAGUUUUGGUUACCACAUCCCAAACUUCCAAAUAGCAAGACUUGUGAUGCUUUCUCUGACUUCCCUGGGUUUUUGUGUCCACGGCCUCACCCAUCACCAUCUUCCUUUGCUUCUCUACAUGUCAUUGGUCCUGGCUCUGGGUAGUUCUGUCCCUCAGAAACUCAGAAAACUUAAAUUUUCCUCCUACAUGACCCUCAACUUGUCUUACCAUCUUAUGAAAGGCCUUUGUCUGCCAGAGUGGGUACAUCAUAAGGGAAAGUCUUUACGUCUCUAAUGUCCUGCUCUGCCUCCAUUGCUAGGCACUCAUCUGAGGCAUUCCCCACCCCACGAAGAGGGACUUGCAAGCAGAUGAGCCCACAGUCAAGACUCCCUCUCACGAUAGUAACUGCUAGAAUACCUAAGAUGACCUCAUAAAGCAGAGAAUCCUUUCCAGCAUCCCUCUCCUGCCUCUUAGAAUCCAGGUGCCCAAGGAAAUCCUUAGGCAGAGGUUUUGGGUUAUAUGAUAAAAGCAAGGGAUAAAAACAGAAAAUUUGGGAGAUGUCUCACCAGUUUUACCACAGCCCCGUAAGAGUUGUGUCUAGCUCACUGUUGGGUACUGCGUCAGAGGCAUUGUAUGCAAGAAUCAAGAAAAUUAAGAGGAAGGAUGUUGAAUGCCAGGCGUUCUUUAGGAAGGUUGUAAAGAGCCCCAUUUUCCAGGUCAUCAUGAUCAGCACCAUCACCUCCAACGCGGCCUUCAUGGUCUUGGGGACCGAUUACAGCAUAAUGUACAGACUCUUCAGACUCUUUGAGGUCUCAGAGAUUAUCUUUGUCUCCAUCUAUACCUGUGAGUUCCUCAUGAAGGUCUAUGUGGAGCCCAUUAAAUAUUGGAGGGAUGGCUAUAACCUACUGGAUGUGGUCAUUAUCUUUAUUAUCUUGAUACCCUAUGCCCUCCGAAAGAUCAAGGGAAGACAUUACAAAUUCCUCCAUAUUGCUGAUGGUAUACAGUCUCUGCGAAUCCUCAAGCUUAUCUCCUACAGCAGAGGCAUCAGGACCCUCAUCACUGCUGUGGGGCAGACAGUCUACACGGUGGCCUCUGUGCUGACCCUCCUCUUCGUGCUCAUGUACAUCUUCGCUAUCCUGGGAUUCUGCCUGUUUGGAAUACCAGAGAAGGGCGACCUGAAUAACUGGGGGAACCUGGCUGCGGCUUUCUUCACCCUCUUCAGUCUAGCUACGGUUGAUGGCUGGACAGACCUGCAGGAACAGCUGGACCAGCGGAAGUUUACUGUGAGCCGGGCAUUCACCAUCCUCUUCAUCUUGCUUGCUUCCUUCAUCUUCCUCAACAUGUUUGUGGGUGUAAUGAUCAUGCACACAGAGGACUCCAUCAAAAAGUUUCAGCGGGAGCUGAUGGUAGAGAGGCAUGUGACGCUUAUGGAGGAGAAGCAGAUGAUUCUGAGGCGCCAGCAAGAGGAGGUCAACAAGCUGGUGAGCAUGCAGGAAAGCGGUGGCAAGAGCUUCACUGAGAUGGUGGAGGAAUUCAAGAAGACCCUGCGGCACACAGACCCCAUGGUCCUGGAUGAAUUUGGCACUAGCCUGCCCUUCAUCGAUGUCUACUUGUCCACUCUGGAUAACCAGGACACUACUAUCAACAAGCUUCAGGAGCUGUACUAUGAGAUUGCGAACGUGCUGUGCCUGAUGCUUGAAGACUUGCCGCCCCGGGAAAAGUCGUCCCAUAGCUCGGAAUUCAUGAUUUAGAGGUAGUUGGGCAUGUGUGACCUCAAAGGCUGUGGCAGUUCCAUUAAACACAGGCCUUCAGAGGUGGCUUCUCAAACUU